CUUGCACAACAUACUUCCACAACAUAGCCCUGUCUUGUCAACAAGCCGGAGACAUCUUUCACCAGACUCCAAUUUGACUUUCUCUCUCUAAAAAUCCUCUCUCACACACACAAUUCUCCAAAUCCACACACACAAAACCCCAAUCCAUGACUUGUUGACCUAAAUCUCACCGUCGCCAAUGGAUUCUCUGUUCCCGGAGCCAUCGGAGCCUCUAUUACUCGAAGAUUUCGGCCAAAAAGUUGACCUGACCCGGAGGAUCCGAGAAGUCCUGUUGAAUUACCCGGAAGGCACUACUGUGUUGAAAGAGCUCAUUCAGAACGCCGAUGACGCCGGAGCUACCAAGGUUUGUCUCUGCUUGGAUCGCCGUGUCCACGGUGUCGAAUCAUUGCUCUCGAAGAAGCUUUCCGAGUGGCAAGGACCGGCGCUGCUGGCCUAUAACAAUGCCGUGUUUACUGAAGAUGAUUUCGUUAGUAUUUCGAGGAUUGGAGGGAGUGGGAAGCUCGGUCAGGCGUGGAAAACUGGACGUUUCGGGGUUGGGUUUAAUUCUGUGUAUCAUCUUACUGAUUUGCCUUCUUUUGUAAGUGGUAAAUAUAUGGUAAUGUUUGAUCCUCAAGGGGAUUAUCUUCCGAACGUAUCCACAGCUAAUCCAGGGAAGAGGAUUGAAUUUGUUAGUACCUCAGCGAUUUCGUUGUAUAAAGAUCAGUUCUCUCCUUAUUGUGCUUUUGGUUGUGAUAUGAAGAAUUCUUUUCCGGGGACAUUGUUUCGCUUUCCCUUGAGGAAUGAGGAGCAGGCGGCUAAUAGUAAGUUAUCAAAGCAGGCUUAUAUGGAAGAUGAUAUUAGCUCCUUGUUUGAGCAGCUUUACGAAGAAGGAGUUUUUACAUUAUUGUUCCUCAAAAAUGUUCUUGAUGUUGAAAUACAUGUAUGGGAUGAUGGGGUGGCAACACCUAGAAAGAUUUAUUCUUGUUCAGUUAAAUCUGCAAAUGCUGAUACAGUUAGGCAUCGACAGGCACUUCUAAGACUGUCAAAGUCUGCAAACCCAUCUGUUGGUGAGAUAGAUGCCUUUUCAGUGGACUUCUUGAGAGAGGCUAUACAUGGAAACCAGUCUCUUAAAAGGGUUGAUACUUUCUAUAUUGUGCAAAAGAUGGCAGCAGCAUCUAGUAGGAUAGGUUCUUUUGCUGCAACUGCAUUAAAAGAUUAUGAUAUUCACCUGCUACCCUGGGCAUCAGUAGCAGCGUGCAUAUCAAAUAAAUUAUCAGAUGAGGAUGCUGUUAAUACAGGCCGUGCAUUUUGUUUUCUUCCUUUGCCUGUAAAAACUGGAUUAACUGUGCAAGUCAAUGGAUACUUUGAGGUCUCAUCAAAUCGUCGUGGGAUUUGGUAUGGAGCUGAUAUGGACAGGUCUGGAAGAAUUCGAUCUCUCUGGAACAGGCUACUGUUGGAAGAUGUUGUUGCUCCUACAUUUGCGCAAGUGCUACUCGGUGUGCAAGCAGUGCUUGGUCCUACAAACCUGUAUUACUCUUUGUGGCCUAUUGGGGCAUUCGAGGAACCAUGGAACAUCUUAGUGGAACAUAUAUACAGGGCCAUUAGUAAUGUUCCAGUCAUGUACUCGGAGCUUGACGGUGGGAGAUGGGUCUGUCCUAUAGAUGCUUUUAUUCAUGAUGAGAAGUUUUCUAAAAGUAAAGAACUUGGGGAGGCUCUUUUACAGCUGGGACUUCCUAUUGUCCAUCUUCCCAGUGAUUUAUACAAUAUGCUCUUAAAAUGCAAAUUAAAUUCUGAGCUGAAAGUGGUAACUCCUGAAUCUGUAAGGCAACUUGUAAGGGAACACCACACUGUCAAUACUCUAAGCAGAUCAUACAAGCUUAUAUUGUUGGAAUAUUGUCUUGAGGACCUGAUCGACAUUGAUGUUGGCCAAAAUGCAACCAACCUUCCUUUGCUUCCUUUAGCUAGCGGUAACUUUGGAUCAUUUUCAGAAGUUUUAAAAGGAAUUCCUUAUUUUGUCUGUUGUGAUGAUUUGGAAUACACACUCCUUCAAAAAAUGAAAGAUGUAGUAAUUGAUCGCCAGAUUCCGCACAACCUAUACAGCAGACUAGCAGCUAUUGCCGAGGCCUCAACCACAAAUCUUCUUGUUUUUAAUAUAAAUUACCUACUUCAAUUAUUUCCUAAAUUUGUGCCGUCUGAUUGGAAGUUCAGGACUAAAGUCUUGUGGAAUCCGAAAACUGAGUCUGACCAUCCAACUUCUACAUGGUUUAACCUAUUUUGGCAGUAUUUACGACGACAGUCAGAAAAAUUGUCAAUGUUCGGUGAUUGGCCUAUUCUGCCAUCCCUUUCAGGACAUUUGUAUAGACUAUGUACUCAAUCGAAAUUGUUAAAUAUAGAGAAGUUAUCUGAAAAUAUGCAGCGCAUUCUUGUUAAAGUGGGAUGCAAGAUUCUAGAUAACAGUUACGGUGUUGAACAUCCAGAUUUAGUACACUACAUUUGUGAUGCUGAUGGUGCCGGGGUAUUGAAAUCGAUUUCUGAUGUUGUCUCUUUAAAUAAUGGGGAUGUUAGAGCUGUUCUUCAUCAUUUGGGAGCGAGAGAGAGGAUUGAGCUUCGUCACUUUCUUUUGGAUUCCACAUGGUACAUUGGGAACCAUAUGGCUGAUUCUGAUAUAAUACUAUGCAAAAAGCUACCUAUAUAUAAAGUAUAUGGUGGAGAACCUGGUGACAUUGUCAAUUAUUCAGAUCUAGACAGCCCUAGAAAAUACUUGCCUCCAUUGGAUUGUUCUGAAUGCCUGCUAAGUAGCGAGUUCAUUAGUAAUUUGUUAGAUAUGGAAGAAGAGGUAUUGAUUAGAUACUAUGGAGUUGAGCGAAUGAAAAAGGCAUUUUUCUAUAAGCAUUAUGUUUUCAACAGAAUCAAAGAGUUGCAACCGGAAGUUCGAAACAGCACCAUGCUUUCACUUCUGACAGAACUACCACAGUUGUGUGCUGAGGAUUCACUGUUUCGCGAAAGUUUAAGUAAUCUGGAAUUUGUCCAAACUUCUAAUGGUUCCUUAAAAUGUCCCGCAGUGCUUUAUGAUCCUCGAAAUGAAGAACUCUAUGAUUUACUAGAAGAUUCAGGUAGUUUCCCUUGUGGUGUUUUUGAAGACUCAAGCAUUUUAGACAUACUACAGGGUUUGGGUCUUAGGACAAUUGUGUCGCCUGACACUAUUAUACAAAGUGCUAGGCAGGUAGAGCGAAUUAUGCAUGAUGAUCAACUUAGAGCUCAGGCAAGAGGCAAAGCACUUCUUUCAUACCUGGAAGUAAAUGCAUCAAAGUGGCUGCCUGAUCAGCCAAAGGCUGAUCAAGGGGUGGUAAAUAGGAUGUUCUCACGAGCUGCCAAUUCAUUGAGAUCUCGUCAUUUAAAAUCUGAUCUGGAGAAGUUCUGGGAUGAUCUAUGUAUGAUUUGCUGGUGUCCUGUUCUUCUUUCUUCUCCAUACGAAGCUCUGCCAUGGCCUGUUGUAUCUUCUAUGGUUGCUCCCCCGAAACUUGUGAGAUUAUAUAAAGACUUAUGGCUUGUUUCUGGUACCAUGAGGAUACUGGAUGGAGAAUGCUCUUCCACAACCUUGUCUUAUCAACUUGGAUGGUCUUCUCCACCUGGAGGAAGUGCAAUUGCUGCCCAAUUGCUCGAGCUUGGGAAAAAUAAUGAAAUUGUGACUGAUUCAGUGCUUCGUUGUGAGUUGGCUUUAGCGAUGCCCAGGAUAUACUCAAUACUUAUGUCCAUGAUUGGUACAGACGAGAUGGACAUUGUAAAGGCUGUUUUAGAAGGGUGCCGAUGGGUUUGGGUAGGAGAUGGCUUUGCCACCUUGGAUGAAGUUGUACUCAGUGGUCCUAUUCAUCUGGCUCCUUAUAUACGCGUAAUUCCUGUUGAUUUAGAGGCUUUCAGGGAUCUUUUCUUGGAGCUUGGCAUCAGGGAAUUUUUAAAGCCUAAUGAUUAUGGAAACAUAUUGUGCAGAAUGGCUACAAGGAAAGGUUCUGUUCCGCUGAAUCCACAGGAAAUUAGAGCUGCUUUAUUAGUUGCUCAGCAUCUAGCUGAAGUGCAAUAUUUUGAAGAGCAGAUCAAGAUCUUUUUGCCAGAUCUGUCUUGCAGAUUAGUUGAUGCCACUGAUUUGGUUUAUAAUGAUGCUCCAUGGUUGCUUGGCUCCGAAGAUAACUUAUUUGGUAAUUCAUCUACUGUGGCCUUAAAUGCAAAGCGUACAGUUCAAAAAUUUGUGCAUGGGAACAUUUCUAAUGAUGUUGCAGAAAAGCUUGGUGUACGUUCACUUCGAAGGAUGUUACUUGCUGAGAGUGCUGAUUCGAUGAAUGUGAGCCUAUCUGGAUCUGCUGAAGCAUUUGGACAGCAUGAAGCCUUAACAACAAGACUUAAACAUAUACUUGAAAUGUAUGCUGAUGGACCCGGAGUUCUCUUUGAGUUGGUCCAAAAUGCCGAGGAUGCCAGAGCUUCUGAAGUUACUUUCUUAUUAGAUAAAACUCAGUAUGGUACUUCAUCUGUUCUCUCUCCUGAAAUGGCAGAUUGGCAGGGCCCUGCUUUAUAUUGCUUCAAUGACUCAGUUUUUAGUCCUCAGGAUCUGUACGCAAUCUCGCGAAUUGGUCAAGAAAGUAAACUGGAGAAGCCAUUAGCAAUCGGAAGAUUUGGACUGGGGUUUAAUUGUGUUUAUCACUUUACCGACAUCCCUAUGUUUGUAUCAGGGGAGAACAUUGUCAUGUUUGACCCCCAUGCUUGUAAUCUACCUGGGAUUUCUCCUUCUCAUCCUGGAUUGAGGAUUAAAUAUGUGGGUAGAAGGAUUUUGGAACAGUUCCCUGAUCAGUUUUCACCAUUUCUUCACUUUGGCUGUGACUUGAAUGGUGCAUUUCCUGGAACCCUGUUCCGUUUCCCCCUUAGGAGUGCUAAUGUUUCUUCGAGAAGCCAAAUAAAGAAAGAGGGAUAUACUCCGGAAGAUGUCAUGUCACUCUUCUCAUCUUUUUCUGAUGUUGUCUCUGAAACCCUACUUUAUCUUCGAAAUGUGCAGACCAUCUCCAUUUUCGUCAAAGAAGGAGCUGAUGUGGAUAUGCAACUAAUACAUCGUGUCCACAAACGAUAUAUCAGUGAGCCAAAUGCUGAGACAAGUACAUUUCAUAAUGUAUUUAAUACCAUGCAUGGAAGUCAAGUAGGUGAAUUGGAUAAGAAUCAGUUUCUAAAGAAAUUAAGCAAGUCUACUGAUAAAGAAUUGCCUUGGAAAUGUCAAAAAGUUCUAGUGACCGAGCAACGCUCAUCUGGUGACAAGUCGCACCUGUGGUUGACUAGUGAAUGUUUAGGAAAUGGCCGUAUUAAGAACAAACCUAUAAACUUUGAUGAUAAAGCACAUAAAUUUGUUCCGUGGGCCUGUGUUGCUUCACUUUUACACUCUGUAGCAUUGGACAGAGAUUCAAGUAGUGUCUCAGAUCCCGAGUCUGCUGUACCUCGUGACAUUCUUCAGCUCCCUGUUUCUUCCAUUCAAGGUAGAGAUAAUUUUGAGGGUCGUGCUUUUUGUUUUUUACCACUUCCAAUAAGCACUGGUCUUCCAGUUCAUGUCAAUGCAUAUUUUGAAUUGUCAUCAAACCGCCGAGAUAUAUGGUUUGGCAAUGACAUGGCUGGUGGGGGGAAAAAACGCUCGGACUGGAAUAUCCACCUUCUCGAAGAUGUUGCUGCCCCUGCUUACGGUCACUUGCUUGAGAAAGUUUCGCUCGAAAUAGGUCCUUGUGAUUUGUUCUUUUCCUUUUGGCCAACAGCACAAAGACAAAAACCUUGGGAUUCAAUGGUGCAAAAUCUAUACAAGUUCAUUUCAGAAUUUGGUCUUCGUGUAUUGUAUACAAAAGCUAGAGGAGGGCAGUGGAUCUCAACUAAACAGGGCAUCUUUCCGGACUUCACUUUUGGUAAGGCUAAUGAACUGAUAGAAGCCUUGUCGGGUGCUGGCUUACCUGUUAUAACAGCUCCAAAAUCAAUAGUGGAUAAAUUCCUAGAAAUCUGCCCAUCGUUGCAUUACCUCACACCUGAGUUACUGCGUACCUUGUUAAUUCGACGGAAACGUGGAUUUAAGGACAAGAAUGCAAUGGUAUUAACCCUUGAGUAUUGUUUACUUGACCUAAAAUUUCCUAUCUGGCCUGAUAAUCUCUGCGGUUUGCCUUUAGUACCUCUUGCCAAUGGAUUAUUUACAACUUUCGAGAAAAGAGGGGCAUCUGAGAGAAUUUAUGUUUCACGUGGUGAAGAAUAUGGGCUUCUUAAGGAUUCGGUGCCUCAGCAACUUGUUGACAAUGGAGUCCCUGAUUCAGUUUACAGAAAGUUAUGUGAGAUUGCUCAGAGUGAAGAAUUAAAUGUUUCGUAUCUGUCUAGUGAGUUGCUUGAAAAACUCUUCUUAAGAAUUCUUCCGGCAGAAUGGUUGCAUGCGAAGCAGGUAAUUUGGCUUCCUGGUCAUCAUGGCCAGCCUACUCUAGAUUGGAUGAGACUUCUGUGGGAAUAUCUGAAGUCAAGUUGUGCUGAUCUGGCAAUGUUUUCCAACUGGCCUAUCUUACCAGUUGGAAGCAAUUGCCUUCUGCAGCUCGUUGAAAGUUCUUAUGUUAUUGUGGACGAUGGGUGGAGUGAGAACAUGUCCUCUUUGUUCCAAAAAGUAGGAUGCCUAUUACUGAGCCGUAACCUCCAAGUAGAGCAUCCACAACUGAACAUUUAUGUGCAGCCUCCAACUGCAAGUGGUCUUUUAAAAGCCUUUAUGGCAGUUGCUGGUAUCCCAGAGAACAUCACAGGGCUUUUCAGUAAUGUGUCUGAGGGGGAGUUGCAUGAACUUAGGAGUUUUAUUCUUCAGUCCAAGUGGUUUACUGAAGAUUCACUAGAUAAUACACAUAUUGAGAUAAUUAAACAAAUCCCAAUGUUUGGUUCAUUCAAGAGCCGAAAGCUAGUAUCUCUGAGUGAACCGACUAAGUGGCUGAAACCAGAUGGUGUUCGCGAAGAUCUCUUAAAUGAUGACUUUGUAAGAAUUGAAUCAGAGAAGGAGAAAUUUAUUUUAAGAAAAUACUUACAGAUCAAGGAACCCUCAAGGGUGGAAUUCUACAAAAGUUAUGUAUUAAAUCGCAUGCCUGAAUUCAUUUUGCAAGAGGGGAUUCUCUCAACGAUUUUGCAUGAUAUCAGGCUUUUGAUUGAAGAUGACAACUCCAUUAAAGUAGCCCUAUCUUCCACACCUUUUGUGUUGGCACGCAAUGGAAUGUGGCAAGAGCCAUCAAGGCUGUAUGAUCCUCGUAUGCCGGAGCUACAACAUGUGCUUCACAGAGAAGCUUACUUUCCUUCUGAUACGUUUUCCAGCCCUGAAAUUCUGGAGACUCUCAUCAUUCUUGGACUUCGACAGACGUUGCGCUUAAGUGGUCUGCUGGACUGUGCUAGAUCAGUCUCUAUGCUUCAUGAUUCAAAGGCCUCUGACGCUGUUACAUUUGGAAGGAGAUUGCUUGGCUGUUUAGAUAAAUUGAUAGUGAAGCUCUGUCCUGUGGACAGAGAAGGCACCUCUUAUGAAUCAAUAGAAACUACAGAGUUCAAGGACAAUUUUAUUUCUUAUACAGAAGCUAAAGAUGCCUUCUUAGAUAAUUUUGAGAACUCCUCUGAGGAUGAUUUUAAUUUAGGUUCAUUUAUUGGCAAUGUGAUUGAUGACAAGCCAGGAGACGAAUUUUGGUCAGAGUUGAAGUCAAUCAAUUGGUGUCCAGUUUAUGCUGAUCCUCCUUUGAGAGGACUUCCGUGGUUAGCAUCAGGUCAAGAAAUUUCAGCUCCACUCAAUGUGAGACCCAAAUCACAGAUGUGGAUAGUUUCAUCUAAAAUGCACAUACUGGAUGGUGAAUGUUAUUCAGCCCACCUACAAAGUAAACUUGGCUGGAUGGAUCGGUUGAGUGUUGAUAUUCUAACUACACAACUGAUUGAGUUGUCUAGGUCCUAUACCCAGCUGAAGUUGCAUUCUGAGGUCGAACCUGAAUUUGAUGCCUCCUUGCAGAAGAAUACCUUGUCACUUUAUGCAAAGUUACAGGAGUAUGUUAAUACUGAUGAUUAUAUGGUUCUUAAUUCUGUCUUGGAUGGUGUUGACUGGAUCUGGAUUGGUGAUGAUUUCAUCUCACCAAAAGCUCUUGCAUUUGAUUCACCUGUGAAAUAUAGUCCCUACUUGUAUGUUGUACCCUCUGAGUUGUAUGAAUUCCGAACUUUGCUCUCUGCAUUAGGUGUCAGACCCAGUUUUGAUGUUUUUGACUACUUCCAUGUUCUACAACGCUUGCAACAGGAUGUUAAAGGGUUACCACUAUCGGCAGAUCAGUUGAACUUUGUCCAUUGUGUCUUAGAAGCCAUUGCAGACAGUUAUACUGAUAGACUAAUAUCUGAUUCUUCUAAUAAUGCAUUAUUGGUUCCUGAUUCUUCGGGGGUCCUUUUUUCUGCUAGAGAUCUGGUAUUCAAUGAUGCACCCUGGAUGGAGAACACACUAAGCGCAAAAAGAUUUGUGCACCCAAGUAUCAGUCAUGAGCUUGCAAGCACAUUGGGGAUUCAAUCUGUUCGCAGCAUCUCUUUAGUGAGUGAAGAGAUGACAAAGGACAUGCCAUGCAUGGACUUCUCCAAAAUACAUGAACUUCUAGGGUUAUAUAGAAGCAGUGACUUCUUGUUGUUUGACCUUCUUGAGCUGGCAGAUUGUUGCAAAGCAAAGAAGCUUCAUAUUUUCAUUGACAAAAGAGAACAUCCUUGUCAGUCUCUCCUUCAACAUAAUCUAGGUGAAUUUCAAGGUCCGGCCUUAGUAGCUGUUCUAGAAGGUGCCAGCCUAAGUAGGGAAGAAAUUGCUAGCCUCCAAUUUCGUCCUCCAUGGAAUCUGCGGGGGGAUACUCUAAACUACGGCUUGGGAUUACUGAGUUGUUACUCGAUAUCUCAUGUGCCAUCAGUUGUUUCUAAUGGUUAUUUCUAUAUGUUUGAUCCUCGUGGCUUAGCUCUCACAGUGCCAUUAGGUCGUGGUCCUGCUGCGAAGAUGUUCUCUUUGAUGGGCACUAAUUUGGUUGAAAGAUUCAGGGAUCAGUUUGAUCCUAUGCUAAUUGGUUCAAACAUGCCAUGGGCGUCAUCGGAAUCCACCAUUAUACGCAUGCCACUGUCAUCUGAAUGGAUGAAAGAUGGACAUGAAUCAGGAUUAAAGGGACUAGCUAUGAUGUAUGAUAAGUUCAUGGAGCAUGCAUCUAGAACGCUUUUGUUUCUAAAAUCAGUUACUCAGGUGUCGUUAUCAACGUGGGAGCAAGGAAACCCUGGUCCCCAACAAGAUUACUCCAUUCAUGUUGAUUUGUCUUACGCUGGUGCAAGGAAUCCUUUCUCAGAGAAGAAGUGGAAGAAGUUCCAGUUAUCAAGUAUAUUUGGUACCUCAAAUGCUGCCAUCAAAUGGCAUAUAAUAGAUGUAAACUUGUAUAGAGGCGAAACAAGAAUCGCAGACCGAUGGCUGAUUGUGCUUACCCUGGGUUCCGGUCAGACGAGAAAUAUGGCCCUUGAUAGGCGUUAUUUGGCAUACAACCUGACACCAGUUGCUGGAGUUGCAGCACAUAUCUCACGCAAUGGGCGUCCUUCUGAGGCCUCUGUAUCAAGCUCCAUCAUGUCUCCUCUUCCCUUGACUGACGGUAUAAGCAUACCUGUCACUGUUCUUGGAUGCUUUCUUGUUCGCCACAAUCAAGGUCGUUACCUUUUCAAAUACCAGGAUUCUAAAGCACUGGCAGAGGCAGAGCCGGAUGCUGGAAAUCAAAUGAUUGAGGCCUGGAACAGGGAACUAAUGUCCUGUGUCCGUGAUUCCUACAUCAAACUGGUGGUGGAAAUGCACAAAUUAAGAAAAGAACCAUUAACAUUGUCACUCGAAGCAAGUUUAAGUCGUCGUGUAAGUGCAGCAUUGAAUGCCUAUGGGGACCAAAUAUAUACAUUUUGGCCUAGGUCUCAUGGACAUCCAAUGUUACAUCAAUCUGAUAGUAGCAAUAAUUUAAUACCAGCAAAAGAUUUGAGAGCAGACUGGGUAUGCUUGGUUGAACAAGUAAUUCGACCUUUUUAUUCUCGCCUUGUGGAUCUCCCUGUGUGGAAGCUGUACUCAGGAAAUCUAGUCAAGGCUGAAGAGGGGAUGUUUCUCUCGCAACCUGGGAAUGGAGUUGGCGGUAGCUUGCUACCUGCUACAGUUUGUGCCUUUGUGAAGGAGCAUUAUCCAGUUUUUCAAGUGCCAUGGGAAUUGGUUACUGAAAUACAGGCGGUUGGUGUCAAGGUUCAAGAAAUUAAACCUAAGAUGGUACGCGACCUUCUUAGGGUUUCUUCAACUUCUAUUGUUCUCCAAUCAGUUGACACUUACGUAGAUGUCCUUGAGUAUUGCUUGUCUGAUAUUCAGCUUCCAAAAUUCCCAGAAUCCAGGGAACCUGUGUUAUUCACGGACAAUAUGGUUAAUCGUGAAAGUGAUGAAGAGGGUAGCAAUUUUGCUUCUGUAUCUGUUCCGCCUUUUCAGAGACUUAAUGGACAGGCUACCCACACUCCAUCCACUUCUGGGGGAGAUGCAAUUGAAUUGGUUACAACCUUGGGCAAAGCUUUAUUUGAUUUUGGUCGUGGAGUUGUUGAAGAUAUCGGUAGAGCAGGAGGUCCCUUGUCUCAGAGGAGCAAUAUAGGAGGUAGUGUCAAUGUUAUCGGCCAGCAGUGGGAGCGGAGUUUUCUACCAUUAGCUGCUGAGAUGAAAGGGUUACCAUGUCCGACAGCAACAAAUCAUCUUACAAAGUUGGGCUACACUGAAGUUUGGGUUGGAAGCGCGGAGCAACAAGAACUAAUGACUUCGUUGGCAGCAAAAUUUAUCCAUCCUAAAUUAUUGGAAAGACCAAUCCUGGCUGAGAUUUUUUCUAACAGUGUUCUUCAAACAUUAUUGAAACUUCAGAGUUUCUCCCUUCACUUGCUGGCUAAUCAUAUGCGGUCGGUUUUUAAUGAAAACUGGGUGAACCAUGUAGCUGUUUCAAGCAUGGCCCCAUGGUUUUCUUGGGAGAACAAAUCAACUCUGAGCAGCGAAGGGGGCCCCUCUCCUGAAUGGAUUAGGCUCUUUUGGAGAUGUUUCAAUGGCUCAAUGGAGGAUCUGUCACUCUUUUCUGAUUGGCCUCUGAUUCCGGCAUUUCUUGGUAGGCCAGUCUUAUGCCGUGUAAGAGAACGUAAUCUGGUUUUUAUUCCAGCCCCUAUAUCUGAAACAAAUUCUGGAAAUUCUGUCUCGAAUAUGGAUACAGACGCAGUACAGAGUGAUUUAGGCCUUGUUGCCUCUGAAUCUGGAUUAGUCGAGUCGUACAUUAUGGCUUAUGAAUUUUGUAAAAAUAAAUACCCUUGGUUAUUUUCAUUGCUAAACAAAUGCAGCAUACCUGUCGUUGAUGCUUCUUUUAUGGACUGUGUUGCUUCUUGCAAAUGUAUCCCGACCUCGGCACAAUCACUGGGGCAACUAAUAGCUUCCAAGCUUGUUGCUGCUAAGCAGGCUGGUUAUUUACCUGAACUCACUUCUUUUUCAGAUUCAGAAUGUGAUGAACUUUUUAGCCUAUUGGUGUCUGAUUUCUCUCCUAAUAGUUCUGAAUAUCAGAGGGAAGAACUUGAUGUCUUGCGUGAUCUACCUAUAUAUAAAACUGCUGCUGGAACAUAUACGAGGCUGGCCGGCCAGGAUAUCUGUAUGAUAUCUUCAAAUACUUUCUUAAAACCAUCUAAUGAGCGAUGUCUUUCUUACACCAUAGAAUCUGUUGCAAGCUCGUUACUCCGAGCCUUAGGUGUCCCAGAGAUGCAAGAUCAACAAAUAUUGGUGAGGUUUGGACUGCCAGGGUUUGAAGAAAAACCUCAGGCAGAGCAGGAGGACAUAUUAAUAUAUCUCUAUACAAAAUGGCAUGAUCUACAACAUGAUUCUUCUAUAAUUGAAGCUUUAAAGGAGACUGAUUUUGUAAGGAGUGCUGAUGAACUUUCUGCAAAGUUUUGUAAACCAAAAGAUCUUUUCGAUCCAGCAGACACUUUAUUGGCAUCUAUAUUCUCUGGUGAUAGGAAGAAAUUUCCUGGAGAAAGAUUUGUUGCAGAUGGGUGGAUUAACAUACUCAGAAAAACAGGCCUUCGAAAUGCUUCAGAGGCUGAUGUUGUACUUGAAUGUGCGAAAAAGGUGGAAUCUAUUGGAAGCGAAACUGCAGAAUCCAUAGAAUUUCUUGACGAUUUUGAAACAGACGUAGUUAGCUCGAAGAAAGAGGUGUCGAUUGAAACAUGGUCCUUGGCAGAAACUCUAGUAAAAGCAAUAUUUGCAAAUUUUGCAGUCCUGUACAGCAAUAACUUCUGCAGUUGUCUUGGUAAGAUUGCAUGCAUUCCUGCAGAAAAAGGGUUUCCCAAUAUAGGUGGCAAAAAUGGUAGGAAGAGAGUACUUACUUCGUACAGUGAAGCUAUUUUGUUAAAAGAUUGGCCGCUUGCUUGGAGCUCUGCUCCCAUUCUUUCUAAACAGAGUGUUGUUCCACCCGAGUACUCUUGGGGCGCCCUUCAACUCAGGAGUCCUCCAUCAUUUUCAACUGUUUUGAACCACCUUAAGAAUAUUGGAAGAAACUCUGGUGAAGACACUUUGGCUCACUGGCCAACUGCAUCAAGCUCGAUGACUGUUGAUAAGGCUUCAUUUGAAGUCCUAAAGUAUCUGGAGAAAAUUUGGGACUCACUUUCUCCUUCAGAUAUUAUGGAGUUGCGGAAUGUGGCGUUCAUGCCAGCUGCAAAUGGUACACGUUUGGUGGCAGCAAGCUCACUUUUUGCACGUCUAACAAUAAACCUGUCACCAUUUGCGUUUGAACUUCCUGCCAAUUAUUUACCCUUUCUCAAGUUUCUUAAAAUCCUAGGUCUUCAGGACAUCCUAUCUGUUUCCUGUGCAAAAGAUCUUCUUUUAAAUCUUCAGAAAUCUUGUGGAUAUCAGCGUCUAAACCCAAAUGAACUCCGGGCUGUGAUGGAGGUUUUGCAUUUUGUCAGUGAUAAAAGCACUGAGGCACACACAUCCCAAAUAUCUAAUUGGGGAUCUGAAGCGAUUGUCCCUGAUGAUGGUUGCAGACUCGUUCAUGCCAGUUCAUGCCUAUACAUUGAUUCUUUUGGCUCUCGAUAUAUUAAAUAUAUUGACACUUCAAGAUUGAAAUUUGUCCACCAAGAUAUUCCAGAAAGAAUAUGUACAUUUUUGGGAAUUAAAAAGCUCUCUGAUGUAGUGGUAGAGGAACUGGAUCAUAGGGAAGAUCUACAGACUUUGGAAUCAGUUGGGUCCGUUACACUUACAUCCAUCAAGCAGAAGUUGAUCAGUAAAUCAUUUCAGGCUGCAGUAGGUGUUGUUGUUAAUAGUCUAGCCAGUGACCUUUCAUCAUUUGACAAUCCAACUCCUGAAAACAUACAGCUAGUGCUGGAGUCUGUUUCUGAACAAUUACAGUUUGUUAGACGUCUCUAUACUCGCUUUCUGUUUCUCCCUCAGUCUAGGGAUAUUACACGUGUAAAUAAUGGUUCCAUUAUUCCAGGGUGGGAACAUGAAUCCAAGCACCGGGCCCUUUAUUUUGUUGACAAAUUAAGGACCCGCAUGUUGAUUGCUCAACCACCAACAUAUAUGUCAGUUCCUGAUCUUGUUGCGGUUGUUGUGAGCCAUGUUUUGGGCUCGCCAUUUCCUUUACCUAUUGCUUCAUUAUUUCUGAGUCCCAAGGACAGUGAAAAUGCAAUUGUCAGUAUCCUAAAGCUUCCCUCAAAUGAAAGGGUAAUUGAGCAUACAAGUGGAAGAAGUGGCUUGCUAGGCAGUGAUAUACUAUCCCAAGAUGCUGUUCAAGUGCAGUUUCAUCCUAUGAGACCCUUUUAUACAGGAGAAAUAGUGGCAUGGCGGUCUCAAAAUGGAGAAAAACUGAAGUAUGGUAGGGUUCCGGAGGAUGUACGACCAUCAGCAGGCCAAGCUCUCUACAGAUUGAAUGUUGAGACCUCAUUAGGAGUGACAGAGCCUCUUCUUUCUUCACAUGUAUUCUCAUUUAAAAGUAUGACUGCUGGCAGAGAGGCCUCUUCAGCAAAUAUGUUACAGAGCGAUAACAAUCUUGUCGAGAACAGGAUGGAAAUCAGGCAGCAAGAAAGUUCUGAAAGAGCUGAAACAAGGACAUCUCAGGGAGAGGCUGUCAAAGAUUUGCAGCAUGGUCAAGUUUCGGCUGCAGAACUAGUGCAAGCAGUUCAUGAAAUGCUUUCUGCUGCUGGCAUCAGUAUGGACGUGGAGAAGCAAACUCUUCUGCAAACAACACUUACCCUGCAGGAACAACUCAAGGAGUCCCAGGCAGCACUUCUGCUCGAGCAGGAAAGAUCUGAUAUGGCAGCUAAAGAAGCUGAUUCUGCCAAAGCCGCAUGGCAGUGUCGGGUUUGUUUGACUAAUGAAGUUGAUAUUACCAUAAUUCCUUGUGGUCAUGUUUUAUGUAGACGCUGCUCAUCUGCUGUUACUAAAUGCCCUUUUUGCCGCCUCCCAGUGUCAAAAACUGUGAAGAUAUAUCGGCCUUGAUAAGUUUUAACUUUGAAAAUUGUCUAUAUCUAAUCUAAAAAAGAGACUCAAGUAGCCUUUUCAAGGUGUCAGAUGAUAAUAUUUUGCAUUUGGAAUCGUGGACAGCUAACUGGUUUUCCGCUAGGGCAAGCUACCAUAGUAUGUGAAUGAGAGAUACAUGUAUAGUUUGACAAGAACAGACUUAAAAGUUAGAAGCUUUUGUUUUGCCUAGUCCUUGUAAGGAUUUUGUUUUGCUUAGCCCUUGUAUUCCCCAUGGGUGUGUACAGUGUUAGUUAUGUAUAUAGACAGAAAGAAGUACAUUGUACAGUAAAAACCUUUAUCUUGGCCCAUUUUCCGUUACUA